AUGUCUGAUAAGGAAGAUGACGGGGUCGGGGACGAGUCUAAGACUAUGAGGGAAGAUCCCCUUCCCCCCGCUAUAAUCCUGAUAAAUGGUAAUGAUGAGGAGCAUGAGUACCCUUCUCCUCUAAGGCUUCCUUCCCCUACAUUUGGGAAGGCAGUCAAGACCCUACCGUGCCUGCUAGUCUUCGGGGCCAGGUCUCCAUCGGAAAUGUGGUUGAGUAUAACAACCUGUUCGAGGAUGGGGGAGGCCAAGGCAACUAUGAUCAGGGAGGUGACACUGGAGAGGCUGAUCAAGGAGGCAGAGACCGAGUAUGGUUAUCCAAUCAGUUCAAUAUAA